AUGGCUGCGGACUUGAAGGCGUGCAGCGGCUGCGCCAAAGCGAAAAGGAAGUGUGACAGGCAGACGCCCGCAUGCCAGCGGUGUAGGGACAGAGGCUUCAACUGCACGUACCCGCCUCCAAAACCGAGCCACUUCGUUUUAUUGGAACCGCCAACAUCUCCCCUUGCCGAUAUCAUUCCGGUCGACCUCACAGUUUACUCUCCCCGUCGCGAUGGUGCCUGGUCCUCCGUGCCCUGGUUUCUCUCGCCCGAGACAUGGAGAAUCGACCGUUUCCCAGUCCAGCUCACUACUGCACCUUGCAAUAAUGUGCUAAAGCGCCAUAUCAGAUCGACCCAGGCCUGGCUCGAGCAGUGGGUUUCAACGGGCAGCAACCCAUUCAUCCACGCUCAUCUGUACCUUACUCGAUUCCCAAGCUGCGUUCAAAUUGCCUAUACCACGCUAUCAGCCUACAUUAACCGGACCGAAGCAAAUACCGAGACAAUCUUACGGAUUGUGGAAGAUCGGACUAAUGAGCUGCUCCUAAUGAACGGAGUUGCGUUUGAUGAUCUCGAGCAAGAAAGCAGCACUUCCUCGGGGCACCUCGAGAUACUGGACCACCUCGCUCGCGUCCAUGCUUUAUUUGUGUACCAGACAAUUAGUCUUUUCGACGGCGAUAUUCGGUCUCGUCACCUCGCGGAACCCCGCUGCAAUCUCCUAAACCGCUGGGUCACGCAAAUGGUCGACUGCGCUAGUCAUAGUCUCUCGCAGCUAUCCUUCGCGUUCAGCCCCCUCGACUUGAUACCAAGUACUAUUCCUGCACCGUUCGGUCCAAACACCGUCACGGAGAAUCUGUGGCAUUCGUGGAUCCUGUCAGAGAGUGUACGGCGUACAUGGUUGACGGCUACGGGAACGUAUGCCGUGUUCCAUGCGCUGCAGCAGGGCUGGACGCUUUGUCCAGGAGGCAUUAUGUUCACGAAUAGUCAGGGGGUUUGGCAGGCCGAGACGGCUUCUGCGUGGCAAAAACUGUGCUCGCAGGGGGAUGUCAUGUUCAUGCAAAGGUUCGAUGCUGAGAGGCUUUUCAGUGACGCGAGUCCCUCAGAUGUUGACGAGUUUGGGAAGAGGAUGCUGGAGAUAACAUUUGGUCUUAAAAAGGUCGAGAGUUGGAAAGAAUGA